CAAUCUCUUUCUCUUUUUUUUCCCUUUUUCUUUAUCCAAGCAAAAUGGAGGGAAAACUCAAUGGAAAAUCUGUUCUAGAUGAAAAUGGUACUGGAAAGAAGGUUGAUGAUUAUCUUUCUGAUGCAUUUCCAGCCGGUCUGAGGAUUCUUAUUGUUGAUGAUGAUAAAGAGUAUCUCACUCUAUUGGAAAAUAUGCUCAAAAGGUGUCAAUAUGAAGUUACCAAAUGUGAACGAGCUAUGGAAGCCCUUUAUUUGCUUCGAGAGGAUCGGAACAGAUUUGAUAUUGUCAUUUGUGACUUACAUAUGCCAGAAAUUGAUGGAUUUAAGCUGCUUGAGAUUGCUAGCUUAGAGAUGGACUUACCUGUUAUUAUAAUGUCAGGAGAUGAUGAAAAGGAGGUGAUUUUAAAAGGGAUAAUUCACGGUGCUUGUGACUAUUGGGUGAAGCCUGUUCAUUUGGAGACUAUCAGGCUCAUAUGGCAGCAUGUGGUCCGGAAGAGAAGGAAGAGUUGCCUGAAAGAAAUACAGCAGCCGGUGGGGUGUAUGGUAGACGCUGUAGUUCGGUCAAAAAAUGCUGAUCAGGGUGAGCCAAUGUCCCUAAGAAACAAAGGAGAUAUAAAACUCUACAAGAAAAGAAAAGAUGAUCAAGAUGACGAUGGAGAGCCCUCUAAUGGGGUAACUUAUGCAAAGAAGCAAAGGAUGGUUUGGACUCGGGAGCUCCAUCAAAAGUUUGUUGCAGCUGUGGAUCAACUCGGCCAUGACAGGGCGGUUCCUAAGAAGAUUCUAGAAUGUAUGCAGUCCAUGGGCAUUACUGAUGUUACCAGAGAGAACAUCGCUAGUCACCUUCAGAAGUACCGCUUGUACAUUCAGAAGAUGAAACCUGGCGCUGUGGAUGAGAAUGCUAGAGAUUACAAGGCAAUUCAAUCAAGGAAGUCCAUGUUCGGGCGAACUUAUUCAUCAAACUUGUGGAACAUACAAUCUUAUCGCUUUUCGCAUCAAUUCGUGCAAGGUAAUGGAUGGACAUUAUUACCAACAGAUGAAAGGAUAAACCGUCACCAACUUAUAGAGCGAAGUCUGAACCAGCCACAGACAAUUGAAUCUCAGAUAGCAUAUGCAACCUCUAAUUUUGGUUUAUCUCUGGAUGAUGACCAAGGAAGCAUUUUGCAGCCUAGAAAUGCAGAACCCCAUGGCAAUCCUAUAACUGAAUUGCACGAUCACGAUUUUGAUGUUAAGAAUCAUGUUUAUGGAGUGAAUGCUGCUGUUGAAAUUUCUUCCUUAGGUGAUGGGAGUUCACAUAAAAACCCUGCUCCCUUCUUCGUUGCUAAUGAGUUGGAUAUGCAAGACCCCUCAGCUUUAGCUAAACAAUUUGAUCAGGCUGAUUUCUUCCGGGGACCAUUUGCAUAGGUUUGAGUUUUAGAAGUCAUGCUAUUUCAAUAAAAAUUACCUCUUAGUAAGAGGAAUUUAACCUUUCCUCUCUUUUUUUUUUUUUAAUCUAUGGAAAUUUAGAUUUGUAUGGUAUGGAGGAAACUUAGUUUGUGCUAUGUAGUGUCUUUCCCUGUUUAUAGACUUCAAUUAACCAACUUCUAGAAUAAACUAUGUAUUAAGUU